AUGGAGCAUCUCAUUGUUCAUUUGCCUUAUGAGGCUAGAAUUGGAGGUCCUGUUCAAUAUAGAUGGAUGUUUCCCUUUGAGAGGUUUCUUUAUGAUUUGAAAAAAACAUUGAAGAAUAAGGCACAUGUUGAGGGUUCAAUUUGUCAAGCUUAUAUUGCACAAGAAAUCAAUAUUUUUGCAGAACAUUAUUUUGAACCUCAUAUAUCAUGUAAAAGGAGGAGACCUCCACGAAAUGAUGAGGGGGUAAAUGAUGCUGCCUUUGAACCUUUCUCUAUAUUUAAUUACAUAGGUCGAAGUCAAGGUCGUCCAAAGAUUAGAUGGCUUUCUGAAAAUAAGUUACGUGUAGCACAUACUUAUAUAUUGCGAAAUUGUCCAGAAGUGCAACCAUAUUACAAGAUAUUUGUCAACUACCUACAAGGGAAUCCUGUUGAUGCCAUCGAUAAGGCCAUUGAUAAGCAUUUUGCAAAGUGGUUUGAAAAUUUUGUGGCAAAUGAGGUCAAUCAAGUCAUUGAUCCUCUCUUGCAAAGCCUUGCUUGGGGUCCAUCUAUGAAGGCAACAACUUGGCCGGGAUACUUCAUCAAUGGUUAUAACUUUCAUACUAUCGUCCAUAGCAUGGAGAAAGCCACCAUGAACAGUGGCAUAUGUGUACAAGGGUCCAAUGUUGAGGAUACAUGCACUGAUUUCUAUGGUUUAUUGCAGGAUGUAGUCCAACUUGAGUACCAUGGAAAUAGAUGGAACCGUAUUGUCCUCUUCGAGUGUACAUGGUUUGAUCCAAUAAAUGGCACCAAGGUUCAUCCUCUAUAUAAUUUGGUUGAUGUUAAUCGGAAAAAAAUGUAUCCAAAGUAUGAUCCAUUUGUAUUAGCGCAACAAGCCAUUCAAGUGAACUAUAUUGAGUACCCGAGCAUGAAAAAGGGACAAGGUUGA